UUCAGACAUGUUGGAGACCUGGGCAAUAUUGAAUGCGAUGCAAACGGAGUCACAAACAUCCUCUUCACCGAUCAUGUUGCUUCUCUCAAAGGACCUCAUUCCAUCAUUGGAAAAUCCAUAGUGAUCCAUUCUGACAUUGAUGACUUGGGACAAGGUGGCAAUCCGGAGAGUCUGAAGACAGGAAACGCUGGAACCCGCCUCGCCUGUUGUGUGAUCCAGAAGGUUGAAAAAUUACCCGUUAAAACUUACAAAGCAAUCAAAUCUGCCACCUUGUAUCAGCACCGAAGAUAGGAUUAAAAAGCUUCCGGUGUUUUGAUCAUAAACUUGUAUUCUUUUUUUUUAUAUGAAAUGGAGAAUGGGUUCAUAAAAUCUGUUGUCAUGUCAAGGUCAAAGGAAAUUUGAUCAUUUAAGUGUAUUCAAAUAUAUAUGAUCUUUUUUUUAUUAUUAUUAUUUCUCAUUCUUUUUCAAGAUGCAGAAGAAAAAUUGAUACACCUUUCCAUUGAUAUCUGAUGUGACAGCAAUAUAUGCUUGUGAAUUUCUGAUGCUGUAUAAUAAAGUUCUUGAAUAACUCUCGGAA